AGUAGUUGUAUGCAUCACUGAGCUACCCCGCUGCGUUGACGUCCAGUUCUUGCCUCGCUGGUCGCUGGUGGGCACAAGCACAAAACCGGGGUCGCCCUCAGUUGCCCUCCUCAGCAUCCAGCAGACGACGACGACCUCACCCGCCUUCCAAUGGCGCCCCUCUCCUGCCGCGACCUUCCGGCCGCUCGGCUCCCAACUCUCCCCCGCCGUGCCACCACCACCCACACACAGCUCCCCUUCCUAUGCGGCCCAGCCCCUCGCCGAUGGCGAUCAUCACUCACCACCGCAGACAAACUGCGGCUCCCCUUGGCGGCCACGAAGGACGACGCGGCGGUCGCCUCCCUCGUGGGCCGGCUGGAACACGACGUCGCGAACGCCCAGUACCACCGCGACGACGUUCUGCUCGAAGAAGAAGACGAAGAGGAGGAGGAGGAGGAGGAGGAAGAAGAAGACAAUGACGCCGCCGCUCGGCGCCGCGGCGCGGGGAAGAAGCACCACCAGCUGGAACACGAGGAGCUGCGCAGGCGGUGGCGCGAGAUCCACGGGUGCGACGACUGGGCGGGUCUCCUGGACCCCAUGGACCCGCUGCUGCGGUCGGAGCUGAUCCGGUACGGCGAGCUGGCGCAGGCCUGCUACGACGCCUUCGACUACGACCCCUCCUCCCGGUACUGCGGCAGCUGCAAGUACCCUCGGCGCGAGCUCUUCUCGCGGCUGGGCAUGCCGGACGCGGCGCGCGGGUACGCCGUGUCCCGGUACCUGUUCGCGACGUCCAACAUCCGGUUCCCCAACUUCUUCCCGCAGUCCCGCGCGGGCGCCCGGAUCUGGAGCCAGAGCGCCAACUGGAUCGGGUACGUGGCCGUGUCCACGGACGCCGAGACCGCGCUGCUGGGGCGGCGCGACAUCGCCAUCGCGUGGCGCGGCACCGUGACGCGCCUCGAGUGGGUGUCGGACCUCAUGGACUUCCUCCGCCCCGUCGCCGAGGAAGGCAUCCCGUGCGACGACCCGGAGGUGAAGGUGCUGGCCGGGUUCGUGGACCUGUACACGGACAGGGACCCCGGGUGCCGGUUCUGCAAGUACUCGGCGCGCCAGCAGGUGCUGGCGGAGGUCCGCCGCCUCGUGGCGCGGUACGCCGCGGCGGGCGAGGACGUGAGCAUCACGGUCACCGGGCACAGCCUCGGCAGCGCGCUGGCCAUGCUCAGCGCCUACGACAUCGCGGAGACCGGCGCGAACGUCGGCGUGGGCGUGGGCGGCGUGGGCACCGCCGCGCCGGUGUGCGUGUACUCGUUUGGGGGUCCGCGGGUGGGCAACGCGGCGUUCAAGCGGCGGUUCGAGACGGAGCUCGGGGUGAAGGCGCUGCGGGUGGUGAACGUGCACGACAACGUGACGCGGAUGCCGGGGAUCCUGCUGAACGAGGGGGCGCCGGAGGUGGUGCGGCGCGUGGCGGAAGGGAUGCUGCGGCUGCCAUGGUGCUACACCCACGUCGGCGUGGAGCUGCGGCUGGACCACAAGCGGUCGCCGUUCCUCAAGGACACGCUGGACCCGGCGUGCUACCACGACCUGGAGGCGCACCUGCACCUCAUCGACGGGUACCACGGGCGCGGUGAGCGGUUCGUGCUGGCGAGCGGGCGCGACCCGGCGCUGGUGAACAAGGCGUGCGACUUCCUCAAGGACCACCACGGCGUGCCCCCCUGCUGGCGCCAGGACCACAACAAGGGCAUGGUCCGCGGCCCCGACGGCCGAUGGGUCCAGCCCGACCGCCACGGCUGCCACCUCGACGACCACGACCACGACCACGACUACGACCACGACCACGGUCACAACAAGCAGCACCACCACCGUCGUUACGGCCAGGACGACAUGCAUUCUCAUAAGCCAAAGCACAUGCAUGAACCUUAGCUACUAUAUAUAGCUAUAGCUCUCUCACCGUCACCGCCCCGGCCGGGGACACCAGUUGUUGUUCGUGAUGAUAUGAUGCCGUGCCGCCGCACUGACAUGCAAAGCUAGCUAGCCGCGGCGGAGCUGAAAUGAAAUAAAUACGCAUGGGAUCUUAUCUCUCGAUCCAUCAUAUGUCAUGUGUGAUCUGAACGUGUAUUAUUAUUGGUGUUACGUACUCUCCGAUUCAUUGUGUGUAGAAAGAAUUAAUCACCACA